AUGCCGGCGCGGCUCCACGCCUGGGUCGGGGCCAGGCUGGCCCAGGUGCCGCCGCCGCUCCCGGGGGGGACAUUCCCGGGCCAUUCCCGGCUGCGGAGCCGCGGGUCAGGGGCGGCAGCUGGGCCAGGACGGUGCCAAACGGGCAAAGCCGUGCCCGCAGCUCAACAUCUGGGGCCCGCGGUCGCCGUCCAGCCAGCAGUGCCCCCGCCUGUGCCAAGGCUGCUUCCUCCUCCUCCUCCUCCUCCUCCUGCUCCCGCAGAGCCCUCCCGGGAGCGCCGGGACCGCGGACGAACCUUCCCGGGGCUCUGCGGCCCCCGGGACCGGCUCGGGGGGGUCCCCGGGGUUGCCGGGGGGGUCCGGGGGGGUCCCGGGGGGCGGCGGGAGGAGCCGGGCUCGGUGCCCUCCCCCCGGGGGAGGAGCCGCGCGGGCCCCGCGGCCGGGCCGGACCCGCGGGCAGAGCCGAGCGAUCAAAACCGCCCGAGCGCGGAGCUGCCGCAGCCCGGAGCUCCCGCUGCCCCCCGGUGCCCCCCGGUGCCCCCCCGGUGUCCCCCGGUGCCCCCCCGGUGCCCCCCGGUGCCCCCCCGGUGCCCCCCGGUACCCCCCGGUACCCCCCGAUACCCCCCCGGUGCCCCCCCCGCGCCCCCCCCGCGGCCGGGUCACGAUGAGCGCGGGCGAGUGACGGCGGGGACCCGCUCCUGUGCCCAGCCCCGGGCGGGGACCCCCGGCACGAGCGGGAUUUCAGCAGGAGUGGAGGUGCUGAUGGGGAAGGUGACGAUGAUGAUGAGCUCGGGGACGAGCAGGACCUUCUCCGAGGGCGAGGGGAUGGCGGAGCUGGCGAGCCCCCCCUGGGCGGACGAGCUGGGCCCCAAAGCCGAGCCGGGGGCGGAGGACGGGGCCGGAGCCUUCGGGCCGGGGCCGGGCCUGACCCGGGAGCGCGACAGCGCCGAGGAGGAGGAGGAGGAGGAGGAGGAGGAGGAGGAGGAGGAGGCCGGCGGCGAGAAGCCCAAGAGGAGGGGCCCGAAGAAGAAGAAGAUGACGAAGGCGCGGCUGGAGCGGUUCCGGGCGCGGCGGGUGAAGGCGAACGCCCGCGAGCGCACGAGGAUGCACGGCCUGAACGACGCCCUGGACAACCUGCGCAGGGUCAUGCCCUGCUACUCCAAGACCCAGAAACUGUCCAAGAUCGAGACGCUGCGGCUCGCCCGCAACUACAUCUGGGCCCUGUCCGAGGUGCUGGAGACGGGGCAGACGCCGGAGGGCAAGAGCUUCGUGGAGAUGCUCUGCAAGGGGCUGUCGCAGCCCACCAGCAACCUGGUGGCCGGGUGCCUGCAGCUGGGCCCGCAGACGCUGCUCCUGGAGAAGCACGAGGAGAAAUCGGCGGCCUGCGAGGCGGCCCUGAGCGGCCACCCCUUCAGCUACCAGUCGCCGGGGCUGCCCAGCCCCCCCUACGGCUCCCUGGAGACCCACGUGCUGCACCUCAAGCCCCCCCCGGCCUUCAAGGGCCUGGUGGAGGCUCCGUUCGGGGCUCACCCCCCCGACUGCUCCCCCCCGCCCUACGAGGGGCCCCUGACGCCGCCCCUGAGCAUCAGCGGCAACUUCUCCCUGAAGCAGGACGGGUCCCCGGAGCUGGAGAAGCCCUACGGCUUCCUGGCCCACUACCCCGGGGUGGGGCUGGCCGGGGCCCACGGGCACGGCCCCCCCUUCCAGGGCGCGGUGCCGCGCUACGAGAUCCCGCUGGACGUGAGCUACGAGCCCUUCCCACCCCACGCGGCCGGGCCCCAGCUCAGCUCCAUCUUCAACGAGUAGCCCCCGCUCCGGAGCCCCGUUCCUGAGGUUUGGAGCGUCUCCAGGAUGGA